AUGACACAUGCUUUGUGUUUGGUAUUGCUCACAGCUUCAAUGGCGAUGAUAUCGACGGUUUCUUCUCAGUCGAGCUCGAGCUGCACGGACAUUCUAAUAAGCAUGGCCCCGUGUCUCGACUUCAUUACUGGAAACUCUUCUUCUCCUUCUCAACAAUGCUGCAACCAGUUAGCUAAUGUUAUCAAGUCUUCUCCUGAGUGUUUGUGUGAGGUUCUUAAAGGUGGAGGUUCUCAGCUUGGGAUCAGUGUUAACGAAACACAAGCUCUUGCUUUGCCUAGAGCUUGUAAUGUUCAAACUCCUCCUGUUAGUCGCUGCAAUGAUGGUUCUUCGGUUCAUUCGCCAGCAGGAUCAUCAAACACUUCAGAACAUGGAAAUGGAUCGAAAACAGUUCCAGGAAGUGGGUCAUCGUCUGAUGGAACGUAUGUCAAAUUCUCAUUCCCUCUUAUCUCCUUCCUAUAUAUGGCUGCCUACAUCACAAUCUACUCAAAAUAUUAA